UCUCCAAUUACCGCGGCUGUAUAAAUCUUAACGGCAGGCAGAUCCCCUUCUCCACUUCUUCAAUCCUCUCUCUCUCUCUUUUUCCCCUCUGCCCAGAAGAUUUCGGUAAUCUUAUGUCCACUCUAACCGUUCCUCCUGUUUUUCCUUCCCCUCGGGACGAUGCCAUCCAACUCUACCGUGCUUUCAAAGGAUUUGGUUGUGAUACUGAAGCAGUGAUCAACAUUAUUGCCCAUCGUGAUGCAACACACCGUGGCUUGAUCCGACAAGAAUACAGAACUUUGUACUCUGAUGACCUUCUGAAACGGUUGUCUUCAGAACUUCAUGGCAAACUGGAGACAGCGGUUUUGUUCUGGAUGCAUGAUCCAGCUGGACGUGAUGCAAUUAUUCUAAGGCGAGCAUUAAUGCCUGAGUUUCGUAAUCUUGAAGCUGCCACUGAAGUGAUCUGCUCUCGUACGCCAUCCCAGAUUUAUACAUUGAAACAAAUCUACUAUUCCAUGUUUGGGGUUUACCUUGAACAUGAUAUUGAGCGAGAAACCUCCGGGGAUCAUGGAAAGCUGUUGCUUGCUUAUGUGAACACUCCUCGGUAUGAAGGCCUAGAAGUUGAUAAAGUGAUGGCUGAAGUGGAUGCUAAGGCUCUCUAUAAAGCAGGAGAGAAGAAGUUGGGAACUGAUGAGAAAACUUUUCUCAACAUUUUUAGUCAACGAAGCAGAGCCCAUUUGGCUGCUAUAGAUUCUGUUUAUAACAUUAUGUAUGGGAACACCCUGAAAAAGGCUGUGAAGCGUGAAACAUCAGGGAAAUUUGAGCUUGCUCUUUUGACGAUCCUUCACUGUGCAAAGAAUCCUGCAAAGUACUUUGCAAAGGUGUUACACAAGGCAAUGAAAGGACUGGGAACCGAUGACACAACCCUUAUAAGGGUAAUCGUCACAAGGACUGAGAUCGAUAUGCAAUACAUUAAAACUGAAUACCAGAAGAAAUACAAUAAGCCUUUGAAUGAUGCUGUUCACUCGGAAACAUCUGGUCACUACAGGAGCUUUCUUCUUGCUCUUCUGGGCCCAACCCACUAAAACUUUGUAACUGCUGUGUUUAUCCCUUAGGGAGCGCACGUCAAUGUAGAUACAUGUGAUGUAUAUGGGUUGCUUGUGAGGAAGAAGAAACGGGAUCUUAUGUAGUUGAAACCCUAGUGUUGUGUGUAAACAAAAAAAGGCUCUGUGUUUAUCGUAUUUUUGUGCUA